AUGCAAUCAUUUCUGGGAAGUCUGAACUAUUAUAGCCGAUUUAUCAAAGACUACGCGAUCUACGCGUCGGUUCUGUACGAAUUGCGAGAAAUCGACUUUGCUGUGAUGAUGAAAGAGGCUACCCAAGGGCGGAUCCAACAAGUACUGGAAGCAGAAGGCGCAGAUCCAAGAUCACAGGAAGAUAGGGACAUCCGUUGGAUCCAUGCUCAUCGGUCCUUCAACGUGCUCAAGACCAGGAUUGCUACAACUCCGAUCUUGCGACACUUUGACCCAGAUCGGAAAGCUACGGUGGUGGUGUACGCUAGCGAUUGGGCCAUCUCGGGAGCGUUGAUGCAGGAAUACGACCAGAUCUACUACCCCGUGGCAUUUGCCAGCCGUACACUGAAGUCGAAUGAGCUAAACUACGGCAUCGCGGAGAAGGAGGUACUAGCCCUUCUGAGGAUCCUGGAUCUCAAUUACAAUGCGUUGGUCGGGCGUCCAAUCCAUGUGCUAACCCGACACUCAACAUUGGCGUGGCUCUUCAGAUCCACGGCCUUACAAGGACGUUUAGGACAAUGCGCGGCUCUGUUGUCGCCUUGGACACUUGAGAUCACCAAGUGUGUCAAAGGAGAGGAUGAGAUCUUGGGAGCACUGGCAGCCAGUAUUACACCUAGAUCGGAAGUGGAUAAGGCGUUGAUCUCAAUCGCUCCCAAAAAGGAGCCAAGACGUAAGAUCCAAGCUCCGAUCCCCACUAUCAGACGAGAUGAGGAGCUAUAUGUCGUCAGUUUCGUUGGAUCAGCCCGUGUCAAGAGAGGUGGAGCCGCCUACAGUGCGAUCUUGUGGAAGUUGCCGGAAUGGAGA